AUGACUUUCACAAAUCCUUUCAAUAAACAAGGUGAUCCAGAACGUAUUCUUGAACUCAACAGAGAAUCAUAUCAAAAAUUAAUGAACAUAGAAAUCAAUGAACCUAAAGAUUAUGAUAUUAACUCUAUCAGACCUCCAGAAGAUAUCUCCAAAUAUGUUCAUGCGAAUGCUACAAUUUUAGCACUUGUGAGAAACUCGGAAGCAAGACAAAUUGCCAGUACAAUAAGACAAUUUGAAGCUUCAUUUAAUAGUAAGUUCAUGUAUCCCUAUACUUUUAUCAAUGAUUCACCUUUCAGUGAAAGAUUCAAAGCCAAAGUGAAGGAGGUCAGUAAUGCUCCGAUGAACUUCAUAACUAUUCCCAGGGAUUUAUGGGCCAGGCCUUCGAGUAUAGAUGCUAAGAAGGCUGAGGAAGCCAUGAAGAUUCUUACAGAAAAAAGCGUUGCAUAUGCCAAUAAGCUUUCAUAUCACAACAUGUGUCGUUUCUAUUCUGGAACAUUCUAUAAUAUUCCUGAAUUACUAAAGUUCAAAUAUUACUGGAGAAUUGAACCCCAAGUGAAGUUUUUCACUGAUAUUAAGUAUGAUGUUUUUAAGUAUCUUGAAGGAACACAAAAGGUCUAUGGAUUCACACUUUCAUUAUACGAUAUUGAAGAUUCUGUUACAACACUUUGGCCAGAAACCAUCAAGUUUUUAAAUUCGGAUGAUAACUACAAAUAUAUAAAUCCGAAUGGUGCCUUCCAAUGGUUACUUGAAAAUCAGCAAAAUCCUAAGAAGGCUGAGAUCGCUGGAGGUUAUUCCACUUGUCAUUUCUGGUCUAAUUUUGAAAUUGGUGAUAUGGAUUUCUUUAGAGGUGAAGCAUAUACAAAUUGGUUUAAACAUUUAGACUCAACUGGGAAAUUUUAUUACGAAAGAUGGGGUGAUGCUCCUGUUCAUUCUAUUGGGUUGGGAUUAUUUGCUGAUAAAUCUAAAAUCCAUUGGUUCAGAGAUAUUGGAUAUGAACAUGAUCCAUAUUUGAAUUGUCCCAACUCAAAGAAUGUAGCUCGUUGUAAAACUGGUCUGUUUUCUCGCUGGGACCAUUUACAAGAUCAAAAUUGUAUGGCUAGUUGGGUUGAUUAUAGUAUGGCUGAUCCAGCAAAGAUUUAUUAA